AUACCCACUUGUCUGUUGCUUUACUCCUUCCAUCAGUUACUCCCUCUCUCUCUCUCUAUAACUACUUUCUCCAGAUUUCCGCCGAUCCUGUGAUUCGGUUCAAUUCCGACAGAUUGCCGAUCGCCAUGGCCCUCGAAGCUCUCAAAUCUUCUGCCGUUCUCGCGCCGCCGCCCCUCCCGCCGCCCUCCUGCGGUGAGGUCGUCGAUGACGGUCACGGCUUUAAGAAGAAGCGGUCCAAGCGUCCUCGCUGCGAAAACGCCGUGCCGUCCGAGGAGGAGAAGUACUUGGCGCUCUGUUUGAUCAUGCUCGCCCGCGGGGAGGAUCCCAGCCGCCGCCGUGACGCGCCGGCUUCGGUUAGUGGAAUCGAUAAGGAGAAGCAAGCGUCACCGCUUCCGCCUCCUCCUCCUCCACCGGUUUCCGCCGCGCAGGACGGUAAUCAUCAUCAUAAUCCUCAUCAGCAGCAUAAUCAGAAUCAUCAGGAGCAGUCUUAUAAGUGCAGCGUGUGUAAUAAAGCGUUUCACUCGUAUCAAGCACUUGGCGGGCAUAAAGCGAGCCACCGAAAGCAUAUUGCCGGCGCCGCCUCGGACGAGAACAAUCCGUCGACGUCAACUUCAACGGCCGCCGCCUCUCACUCUUCUGUUCUGAACCCGACUGGUAAGGCGCACGAGUGCAACAUCUGCCACAAGUCGUUCCCCACCGGCCAGGCCUUGGGAGGGCACAAGCGCCGCCACUACGAGGGGAAUCUGGGAGGAGGGAACCGUGACGGCGGAGGCGGUCCGAGCGGAAGCGCGUUGACCUCGUCGGAAGGCGGUGUGUCGAGCCACGCGCCUCUGGACUUUGACCUGAACCAGCUCCCCCCGACCGAGUUACAACUGGGCCUCAGCGUUGACUGCGGGAUGAAUAUUCAACUUUCCGGCGAACAGGAAGUAGAAAGUCCCAUGCCGUGGAAGAAGCCGUGUUUGUCGUCCUUUCCGAUCGACUGGGAUCUCAGGGAAUCUGAUGCUAAAUAAAACUCAAUUUUAGUUUCCCAAUUGGUGAUCGCAUAUACUACUUUCCAUAUUAAUUAGAAGCCCUUAUUAGCUUGAUGUACUGAGAGUGAAUUGGUCUUUGAUUUGGUUGAUUUAACUCUCUUUGUUCAUUAUUAAUUAGCCCAUAUACUGGUAAACAUUCAUUAAUUCUAUAGGGAUUGAAAAUUAGUACUAUAUCUCUCUGUCUGAUAUCUCUCUUUCAUGAAAUUUAUUAAUAUUAAAUUUGUAAUUAAAAUAUGAAUUGUAUGUGUGGUGGAAACUGAAGAAACGGUGGUGCAUGAAAUUGCACGACCUAGUGCCCCUCUCUGGUUGGGUUGUCCAUGUGGUUUGUGCCUGAUCCUUGUUGUAUUUAUUAUUAUCUAUUCUUAUCUUAUUAUUGUUAGCACAAUAAUAAUUAGUUGGAACUUCCCUUUCUAGUCCCA